AUGGAUACCUGCAAGACGUUACUUUCAUUCCUGCCGCUAUCUUCAACCGCAGAGGAUAUAUCAGAGUUGACUGAUAGGGACUUGUGGAAAUUGCUGCACGGAGAUGAUGUGAGAAACUCAAGAACAACGCGAACCACUGCGGAACUUAGCACUUUGCCCUCCAACGAUACAAUCCCGACUCCAAAAGGCCUGCCAGAAUUACUGCCAGUGCAUAGCAUUGGUCGUUUCGAUUGUGAAAGCUCCUCUUUGGUGUCUCCUCAGUUAUGCACUACUGUAGGCGGGUCACCUGCCGGCGUUGAAACAAAUAUAGAUGAGAAUAACGCAUCUGGUGCACGCACUGGGUUUAGCUCAAUGGUCUCUUUCUGUGACGCAACUGUGCUCCGAAAUGAAAGGAAGCGCCGAGGCCAUUCAGUUCAGGAAGCUUGGCUGCAUCGAGGGCUACAUCAUCAUCGUUGGGAUGAAGCCUUGUUGUGCCGUGGUUCCUCAUACCGUACCAACUCCAUCGCCUCUCGAACCAUGUUUGGGAUGUCACACACCAAGAGCUUGUGUAUUUCACUCAAUAUGGAUACCAGCUUGCUGGACACGACCGACGUUGUGAUACCUUCCUUUGCUGAGGAUUCUGCCGCUGGACACUGUGUGAAAGCACAAACAGAGGCCGGUGUAUGGACAUCUAACGAUAUGGAUAGCGCUGCGAGCCGUAUAGUUCCGUUGUUUAUGUGGCAGUCCCCGCAAUCUAUGCCAAGCGAUGCGGACUCAAUACUACCCCAGCUAAGCGAGCAGCUUAAAGAACAGUACCAUACACUUGCAUCAAGACCCCUAAUCACUACUAGCUGUCUCAAUCAGCGAGCAGUGGACCUCGGUCAAGCCCUUGAUAAGGCGCGCAAAGAAGCCGGUACCUCCAAGGUUAUUUUUCAUUACUACGCCCGUGGCGUACCGAAGGCACGAAAUGGAAACAUUUUCCUCAUGAAUUUCUUAUCCAGUGCAAGUUCAUGCCCUCCCCUUAGCAAUAUGUCUUUGGAUACACUAAGAGCAAGGGUGGGGUUUCCUCUUGUAUUUAUCGCGGAUUGUGCCAAUGCGGGAGCGAUCCUUGAGGACUUCAUUUUGAAGCGUGAGGAGCAAGAGCAACAGCAUCAGUUCCUGUCACGGGAGCACCAACUUGUGUUGUCUGGCAGUCGUCCAGUGAGUUCCGCAGACUUGGAUACUAUGGUGGAUGGUGGUAAGGGCGUUUCUGUGAGCACGAUGAACUAUACAGCACCUAAAUUGGGAGGUGCAGGUCUGCCGCACGCUCCCACUGUGUCAUCUCUUUCCACUACAGCCACUGUCUUCGACGACUUUUUCUUCAUCGGUGCGUCAGGAUGUGGUGGCAGUCAAGGUGCCCUGUCACAACACGAUCGUCUGCCAUCUGACAUUCUUACGAGCUGUCUCACUACACCUUUACGGCUUGCCAUGACGUGGUUUAUGGUGAAACGUCACGACUUAAUAGAUGUGCAUCCUAUUUUGCUCGAGGUUCUGCCCGGUUCACUCCAAGAUAAGAAGACUCCAUUGGGCCAGCUGCAGUGGUAUUUUCAAUGUAUCACAGAAUGCAUUGCCUGGUCUAGCUUUCCGCUAUCUACUUUCUCGCGACUCUUUCGCGAGGACAUCUAUGUGGCUCCACUAUUUCGGGGCUAUCUGCUUGCAGAGCACGUGAUUGUAGGGGGGUUGGGUGGAACUAUGAGUGUGUAUCCACGUCUGACCCCUACGCACGACCACCCAAUCUGGGACUCCUGGGAAAAUUUGUUAGAGAGGUCCUUCGUGGCAGUUCUUAAACUUGUACGACCGGCACCUCCAACAUGUUUGACAACGCUUGAGUUUCGCGAGUGGCUGGAUGUGCGAGCAACGAAGUGGAAGUACACACAGGAUGGCGUUUCUACGCAGUUGCACGGAACCGCAUUACCUAGGCUGCCGAUCCUGGAUGAAACUCGCCCCUUGACUCUUCCAGACUUUUUGCUGGAAGAGUUUCAAGGUCUUGAUGCGAUAAUAGAACAAGUGACAGCGCAGUCGUUCUGUAUGCCAAUUACAGGCAAAAAACGACUCACACCACAUACACAUGAGAUGAAUCAUUUCACAAAUAAAUGGAAUUCUCAAGCACUCCAAAAGGGCAUUAACUCGAAUGCUGGCUCUGCCCGCAUAUUUUCAGCCCAUAAUCCCAUUCCAAACAGCUCCGCAAGGUGGAAACAUUUUCAGUAUGAAAAUCAAUCGUUGCGUUAUUUAAAACGGAAGCCCUGGCAAAGGGGGUCUCAGGACUACAUCGAGUCAGUUGAUUAUAGCAAACAUAAGUAUUGGUAUGAGCCACCAGGAGCAUCAAUGCCACUGCUGUCACCUUUUUCACAUCACUUGGGUAUUAAAGCAGCUGAGCAUGCGGACGACAGUAACGUUACCCUAUCAACGAAGUCUUACUCGAUUGCCGCCACAUCUAAACCUUUUUCAGUUGCCGCUGGGUCCGCAUCCGUGACACCUGCGGUCGAGUACGUCGGCAAUAUGUGGGCCUCAUCUUCAGCUAACAACACGCUAGCAAGUGGUGUACCGACGCCCUUCCCCUUUAUCAAACGAAUGCCUAUCAUUCUGCAGGGUCUCCUCGUUAUGGCCUACCGCGAGAGGGCGACAGCUCUAGUUUGCCGCUUGGUGGAUGCCGGCGCCCCGGCCAUACUGCAGUGUGCGGAGGCCAAUAUCUAUCGUGUUGUUCUUGAUCACUAUUGGAAACGUCCUGAUUUACGUUUCUUGAUGCCCACAACGUUGUUUAUUUACAGCAAGAGCUACUACGUGGAUCCUGGUCUUGUAGGCCCUUCAGGGCAAUGCAGUAGUGUUAUCAAGGCAUGUGUAGAAGUCCUCCAGUGUCCGAUUAAGGUUCAUGGUGCUAACACAACGGGAUCAUUUUCAGCUGCAGAGUGUGCAACAACAGCUGGUUUGGAAUCGGGUGCUUGGCAGUGGAAGCUGCUAGGCUUUUAUAGCACUCCACGAGGGCAGCGACUGUUGGCUUGCUCUAUCCUGGCUAUGCUGGCUAUCCACAGUGACGACGCCCGCGAUGCUUGCCAUCGCUAUGGAGCCUUUCAACUGGUAUGCCAACUCCUAGAAGAAGUUUACCUGCACGACGACAUCAAUGACCUCCUACCAUCAGCCCCUCAGCAACAGCAGCAGGACCAGAAACACAACCAAACUCACCUUUCCCCAUCAUUAGCAUACACUUUCGAUUUACCUCACAUGAGGGUAAAAUAUGAUCCAACAUGUGAUAACUUUGAUAGUUUCCAAAAGAAACAGUCCCCUAUGACAUUGCACAAUGUGGACUGGCGAACCGUGACAACGCUGUACCGUAUGGCACUCAUGGCACUUUUUGUGGCAUUACUGCAUAAUUGGUCUCCGCCUCCAGAUAAAGAGGACGAAGGGCGAACUGUCAACGAUGAUACGGAAAUGGCACAUAAUUCUUUGGAAGAUAUCGAGGAAAAACAAGGGUCAUUGAAAUCGACCAAUGCAUCUAAUCUUAAGGAGGGUCUGCAGGUCGCGCUGGGUGCCUUGGAGCAGACUCUUUACAGCUCCAUUCCGGUGCUGCGCGGCACUGCGUUGCGUGCAUUAUCUAUAAUAGUCAUAUCACCCGCCACAGAUGUUGCAACGAAGCGGCGCUUUGCGGCUUCACUCCUCUCUCAGCUUAGUAGUGCAAGUAGCCUUCGUUUUGAAGGGAACACGGACUUGCGGUUAGAGGUUGUAGGUGUAGCACUUGUGGUUUACAAGUUCCUCUUGGAAGAGGCCAGCAAAGAUAUGUCCCAAGAUGAGAUUAGAUCCUACGUCACUCAGUGGUUAUAUAAAUACGAUGCCGUACAGUUCGUGAGGCAGAAAGAGACCGAAAAAGAUAGCGACGUUGAGAAUGCCGAUUCUCUGGGUUGCCUGCCGCGCCCCGCAUCAAAACAUGCCGCGAUGGCAGGGAUACAUCCCCAUGGAAUCCCUUCUCUGCCCUCAAAACCUCCUACAUCAGUUUCUUUCUCUAAGUCUCGCCUCUCAUUUGGUGGGGUUCCUCCUGAAUCACGAAAUCCACAGGGGGUCUAUAACCCUCACAAUAACCACAGCUUUAAGGUCAACAUUGCACCGUCAGCUAGCUUAAUUGAAGAAUCCUUACGCAUCUCUGAGCCUCCGUUCACAAAGCCCGGGCACUCUGUUCUGGAGUCACAGGUGCUUUUUCCUCUUAGCAAUCUUGUGCGUUUUGUUGUGGAGCUUACACACGAUCCUUGUCCAUACGUUGCUGCUCAUGCAUGCAAGGUUGCCCUGGAGGAGAUGGCGUUUCUUCUAGAGGAUGCACCCCCCUCACUCGUUGAUAUCGGCACAGCCGUUGAAUCAACUGUGUUUUCUCAUUCUGUGGAUACGUGUGAAGGACCCGGUGGUACUUAUCGCGCUCAGGGUAGCCGGAGCCGAAGUGCUGUCCAGAAGACGCGAAGUAGCUUGGCCCAUGUGUAUCACCAGCAAAAUCCUUACAACAGCAGCGCCGUAACCAGUAUGAAUUACCUGGAGAAUGACACGGAUGACACCAUUUCCACCGAUAAACCUCGAAGACAUAACACUGCGAAACUUUUUUACAAGUCGAUGGACAAGGUAAAAAAAAUGCGCAAACAGGUUCAUCAUACGGUCGGCACUGGCGGUAACAAGCCUGAUAAUGAAGAGAAUGGAACCCAAUACUGUGAUAACUCUAGUGACGAAAAUAACAGGCUCAAACCCCAGCCUCCCUUGUCAAAUUAUACAACUUCACGUGACUGUUUCCAGGGCAGCGAUGCUGAAGCCAAUGCGAAUAACAGCAAUGCAAUAUACAGUGCUAUGCUUCCAGAAAAUAUUACAUUGCGGGCACUCUCUGCACAGGACAAUACCACUGUGUCGAUGUUUGUGUACACCUCGCUCAGCUAUAUCGGUGAUUUGUUGCUGAUAAAACCAGACGACUAUGACCCACGCAACCCAUUUAGUCAGCAGAGUGAGUCUUAUCUGCACGCAUACAUGCUAGUGUUAGCCAGGGAGAUCAGCGGUGAUGUGUUGCAACCCGCGACUGAGCUCCUACGCGCCACUUCAGGGUAUCUAGAGGGUGAGAAGCAAGAAAAAGAGAGGCAUGCAUCAACGAAUGUAGAUCUAUGUGAUAAUUCUGCUUGCUCAAAUCGAACUAAAAAUGUCCAUAGUAAGCAGGAAGCAACAUCGGAAGGCUCAUUUCGAGUGAAGUUACUUGGUACAAAUACAGUAUCAAGAUCAACAACAGAGGUGGGACGUAUCCAGCGUUUCCUUUUCCACCCGAUCAUUCCAGAUUUCAUUGCCUCAACCGACUGCGGCGUGAUUCAAUGCUGGGAUUAUUCGGCAGCGUUGACGGCUAACAGCGGAGGUCUCGAAACGUCAAAUCAACCAUCUGUGGAUUUGCUAAGGAUGACAGCGUGCUUCAAGACUGAUACAGUUUUGGCACGGCCCCUCUCUGUCGUGCCACGGGGUGCACAACUACAGCAUACCUUCAGCAGCACUCCUUGGAACUCCUCCGUAGACUCAGAGUGUCUAAGAGUGGGGGAUGAGGUUGCUGUAAAUAAUUUUGGAUUUCCGUUUACCAACGGGUCCUCACUACCACAUUCAAGGUCAUGCAUUGAUCCUAUCGAUGGGAUUCAUUUUGUGGAUGUUGCGUAUCAGCCCUUGUUGUGUGCAGUACAUCGCACUGGUGUCGUGGAGCUGUUCUCCGGCUACAAGAACAAUGGGACUGUGCGGCGCGUGUCGACCUUUUGUACCUCGUCCUCUCUUUCCACAUUCGACUUUGCCAACCCAUCUUUUCCUACACCGAUUACUCCCUCUGCUCUCUCUCCAGGUCAUGGUUGCUUGUCUAGCUACCAAGAUCAAUCCAAACUGCUCUACUUAUGUAAUUCAGGAGAUGAAGAUCCCGCCGUGAUGUCAUGGGAUUUAAGUUGUGAGCGAGUGACUCUAAGGGGCUAUGGAUGCGGUGAAUAUCUUUUGGGACCACCUUCUGUGCUUGCUUCCCAUCCGUACGAUGAUUCGUUGUUUGCAGUAGGGGCCGCGACAUCCAUUCACCUGUAUGACCGGCGUCGGCCUGGGCCUAAGGCAGUUGAGCAACUUGACUUUUCCUCAACAGUGUACAUAAAGGAUAUCCCUUGGCGAUGCUCACACACGCAUUUUUCCUGUCGCUUUGCCAACCUCAUUGUGUCUGGGUUUCAGUCUCAACAAAGAUACAGCGUUCCAGAGGUGUCCUCCUCUUUUUUGUCGAAGCCGUCCUCCAGUUGCGCAGCACUGGUGCUCUGGGAUAAUCGCUACAGCAAAUAUCCCCUUAAUGUAUACUACCAUAAACCUCACACGACAAGCGCAGGGGAUUCUUACAUGGGAGAAAGCAGCCACGAGUUCCCAGAUAGCAACAUGGCUCUUGCCCCAAGUGUUAUAGAUGUGCAACCGUUCAGCAGGCGUCUACGCUCUCUUAUUAUCGAUGAGGAUGGUGUGACGCUGGCCGAGUGGGGUCUUCAUCCGAACCCCACGCGGUCGCAGCGGUUUAGUGGAUUGAACCACGCACUGAGUGCGGCCAGGCUUCAUCCGUUUCUCCCGCACAUCGCCCUGUGCCGUGGAAGUCAAGUGAUGUUACUUGGUGAUAACAGAAGAGCCUAA